UUUGUGGUGGUGCUAUUGUUGUGGAUUGCAGCCUAGCGCUGGUGGUGUUUGUGCGCAAUCGUGCUGGAUCGCGAAGGCAGGGACCAUUGCAGACGGAAAGCAAGCUUAUCAGUACCACCUCCCACCCCGCCCUUAGCCACUACGAUACUUGCUUAAGCCUGCACUUGGACGUUGCUGUUUGGACGUUGAACUGGUGUAGUGUUAUUAGUUAACAAGACAACGACGGGGUGGUGGCGAGCGAGCGAGAGGAAGGAAGGAAGAAUGAGAUUCGUUUUUCUUAUUGUUUCAUAAAUGAGUGAACUACAAAUCGGUUGCUCGGAAAAGGUUGUAUAGUACGUUACGUCGUGCCGUGUUUCUUCACACCGUUUGGCUGUCGGAAUAUUAGUUUUCCGGGAGUACGCACCACGCCACUUAUAGCUGGCCGCGUACAGAGGUAUUGACGACGGCUAGCGUCGCGUAUCUCAGGGAAGAGUUUUAGACGGCUGUGUGUAUCCCUGACGCUGGUAUUUUGGACGGCGAGGGGGAGGAGAGUAAGUGUGUGACAGCGGCGUGGUUUUCUUGGAGGCGAGUUGUUUAGAAGGUUUGGAGUCUCAAGAUUUGGUGGUUGGACUCGCGGUUUUUUAGAUUUUUUGAGGCGGGAAAGAAUUUGCGAGGCUUGUACAUGUAGCACGCGAGUAGCAAGCUGCUGAAGAUUUCGGGUUGUGACUUUUCCUUGUGGCUAGUGCUGGAGAGUUGUACUUAACGCCGUGAGCGAGAUGGCGGGGGGUGGGAAUAGUCCUGUGGUGGCUAUCAAGUUAACCGGGUCAACGCAAAUGGAAUCAUGGUCGGAACAGAAGCUCUUGGGUGGCGAUGUCGUGCUCCAGGGAAAAUCAGUUGGAAUGCGUGAUUGGAAACUUUUAUGCCUUUUUUCUUAACUACUGGUUAGGUUAGCAUUUGCAUUCGGCAAGUACAUUACACGUUGAUUGCUUCGAUUUGUGAGCGAAUACAUUAUAAUGCGCCUUCUGGUGGUGGCAUCUGCACAAUAUCCUGUGCCUUAUAUUUCGCGCUCAUGAGAACAUGCCGAAAACUCUACAAGUUAUACUCUUGUCAACUUCAGAACGAUGUAAAUGUCACUACAACGUCAGCAGCGAUAGCGGCGUUAUGCUGGUUGCUCCAUUUGCUGGUGGAAAGACUGGCCUUAUACGUGAACUGAAGAAAUUGCACAACGUGUCAGGAGGAGUAAAGAUUAAGGUCAAAAGAGGCUCUUCUGUAAUUGAGGUUCGAUCUAAAGUCGCUGUGGACGACAGUGCUUUGCUGAAGAAGACGUAUGUGCUGGUUAGCGCUACUGAUAGCAGCCACGUCGCGACAUUGGUGGAUGCUAUGGAACAAGAUUGCCUACUUUUGCAAGACAAAAGUCGUAAGAUACUGGAAGCAUCCAAGAUGGUGAAAGAGUUCACUAAAAAGGAUGAUUUGCUGGUGAAGUUAAGCAGUAUGAAGUUAAAUGACAGCUACGUUGCUUAUCCCUGGGAGCAAAAGAUGAUGACUUUCUUACCUGUCUCGGGCUCUGCGAUGGUAUUUUCCCUCCUCGUCAUGCCACCAGCUUUAUCACCAAGGGCUCGCGACUACGCCGGUGUUGAGCAUACAUCAGCUCGAGCAAUUGCCUGGUUAUCUGCUGCUCAGGCGUCUGGAGUUCCAAUCACAUUCGUCAAUAUUCAGACAGAGCCUCUUUUUAUGCAAUUUGCAGAUUAUCAAGUUCCAGGCUACAAACAGGAUCCUGCUGUUAUUGGCAACAAUGGCUGUUACAGAUUGCAGGAUCGAGAAGCCAUGGAUGUGGACGUUGUGAGAGCAGUACGAUUAUGGUAUUCGCCUGCAGCUGCUGAGCUUGCCAUCGACUUGAAACCUGAAGAGAACGAGUCUCGCCUUGGCGUGGGCAUCAGCUGCACGGAAGAGGGAUUUUGCCACGUUUCUUCUGUGGACCCAGGAACAGUGGCUGACCGGGCAGGGCUGUCGACUGUAUAUCAAGCUGCCUGUGCUGCAGGAAAGCUUCUUGUAAUUUCCCGGCUAGGAGGGGAAAAAAUUACUCCCUGGUUGGUUGCGUCUUCUGGUUCAAUACGGUGUUACGACACUAUCUCAAUGUCGAAUAAGCUUUCGUUGCAUCGGCAGACUGGCCAGUCUAUCCGUCUACAUGUUAUGGUGUGGGAGGGUGCCCUCACAUCUAACUUGUACAAUUCGACUGAGGAUAGUUCAAGCCGAGAGAGGGGAGUUCCAUCGGCUGCAUAUACAAGUCGAAAUUCCUAUAGAAAUUCCGAGGGUCAUACCUCAUACGACAGGUUACCGUUUUAUAAAUCACACGAGAAGCAUUACAUGCCGAAGAAUGUACAAGAUUUUGAAGUGAUUAACGACGGUCACGCAGAGCCAUCGCUGGCAAUGAGUGAUUCAUAUCUGCAGUAUAAAUAUAUCAACUGACUGCUCAUUCGGUGCCAUUGUCUUAAGACAAUAGUGGGUUUUGGUGUCCACGGCAGGUGCCCUCGGAUUGCGUAUUGUACAUACUGAACUUCCCAGAGGUCGGGCGGUUCUGAGAUGGUGCUGGCAAUGGAGAUAGUCGGACCUUACAAGUUGUCGAAGCUUGUAUGAGUGUUCAAAGCGUACAAUAUGGCGAAACUUCUCAAGUUGUGUAAAUAUUACUGUUGUAAUUAAUUUUCUGAGGUACUUAUUUUUCGUUAUCUAAAAACAGUGCACGUUUUAGCAAUAUCUUUUCUCGCACAUAAAUUACAUCAAUGGGCCUUGGUUGCGUAGUAUCAACAUUUAAUGACACGAAAGUAGUCAUGGAUCAAGCAGCCGUAGUUUGAGUCUCCACACUUGUGAUUUGGCGAACAAAUUCUUUGUACAAUGUACAAAUAUGUACAUGUUGCGACUGUUAAUUAUAAUUGGUGUUUACCAACUUUGUUUCACAGUGAAA